AUGAGCAACCAAGACCUCAAAGAUCAAUAUGCGGAGCUCCUAAACAACAUAGCCCUCGGCGGUAAGGUUUUCUUGAAGCUCAUAGGCGGCGCUUUUCGUUUAUCAUUCAAUACUGCAGUUUUCGUCUUGAGUUGUGGAUCAUUAGUCAGAUGAAAAAACCCACAAGGGAAUAUUCAGCCUAAAAAAGUACCUGCUGAGAAUAAACAAAAUAAAAACGCCCCAAUAAUUCCUGAUUCCUCAGACAGCAGUGGAAAUUCUAUUCGCCAAAUUUUUUCCUAAUUUUUUUAUUUAUUUAAAACAAUAAUUUUUUUUUAAAUAUUAAAAAUUCUACCAUUGACGAGUCUGAAGACGCUUUAAGAUACCAAGUAAGGCAAGAACUGCAAGCCUCAAUCCCAAGGACAGCUUCUCGAGAUAUGCUAAAUCGGCUUGUCCAAAGCCAUGAAUUCAGUCAAAGAGAAAGCUGGAUUGACAAUCGCCAACAAGAAGAAGACAUUAUAGUCAUCCCUUCUUUAUCUUUAGAUAAAGGGGAACUUGAAAAAAUCACAGCAGUUGGCUGCUAUGAAGAACGUCAACUUUGCACCUUGUUUUACCUUAAAAACCCAAGGUGUCGGCUUGUUUACGUCACGAGCAUGCCAGUUGAUAAAGCAAUUGUCGAUUAUUAUCUUGCUUUACUUGAAGAUAACUCCAUUGUGACCGCAAACCAAGCAUCAAAAAGACUAUUGCUAUUAAGCUGCAAUGAUAAUUCCCCUAUACCAUUAUCAUCAAAAAUACUUAGGAGGCCAAAACUUUUACAAAAAAUAAAAAAUUUCAUAAAUCCUAUGAAAUCUCAUAUGAUCUGCUUUAUAAGCUCAAAUUUGGAAAGAGACCUUGCAAUCCAGCUUAACGUGCCGCUUUUUGCAAAUGAUCCAUCACUUACGUAUUGGGGCACAAAAAUUGGGUCAAGGCAGACUUUUGAAAAAGCUGGCGUCCCACUGCCCAGAGGAACUGCACUUGUCCAUUCUCCUGAAAAUUUGGUCAGUGAGAUUGCCAAGCUGCACAGAGAAAAGAAUUUCGAGGUCGAAAAAUAUGUCGUCAAGCUAAACAUUGGGUUUUCUGGAGAAGGGAAUGCCCUUAUCAGGACAAAGUACUUUGACAAUGGCAAUCUGGAGGCUUCAAUUCUCCAAGCUUUAUCUAACCACCUUGAAUACGUAUACAAAAAAGAAACCUGGCACACUUUUGUCCAAAAAAUAAUCAAUCUGGGGGUAUUAGCUGAGGAAUGGAUUGACAACGCUGUUGAAUCCCCAUCAUGCCAAGCACUAAUAAACCCUAAAGGGAAAAUUGAAAUUUUGUCGACCCAUGAGCAGCUAUUAGCUGAUGGGAUGACUUAUAUGGGCUGCGUUUUCCCUGCUUCUGGAGACUAUAGAACCCUUAUUAUGGAGCACACUAUGAAGAUCGGCCAAACACUGGCCAAAAAAGGAUGCAAAGAAAGGUUUGCAGUAGAUUAUGUAGUAAGGCAGGAAGAAGGACGAUGGGCUGCUUAUGCCAUUGAAAUCAAUUUGAGGUGGGGAGGGACCAGUCAUCCUAUGAUAACUGCAAAAAAUUUGACUGAUGCCCAUUUGACUGAAGAAGGGCUGCUGAUUGGUGCUGAUGAUCAGGCCAAAUUUUAUGUAGCCACUGAUACAGUCCAAAAUGAUGUGUAUACAGGACUUACUCCUGGCGAUUUCUUAGACUUCGUUAAUGCUAAUAAAGAAUUGCAAUUUGACAAUGAAAAUGCGACAGGAGUGGUUUUUCAUUUGUUGUCAGCUAUUUCUGUGUAUGGGAAGUUUGGGUUUACAGCGGUUGGAAAUUCUCCUCAAGAAGCCAAAAGCAUUUUUGAGAGGACACUGCAGGUUCUGGAAAAAGAAGCAAACCAAAUCAGCUUACAAAAGAAAUUCACGGAGCUGGACCAAGAAAUUAAAACACCAGAUAAUUAA